GUCUUGUUUCUAUUGAAGUCUCCUGGCGACAGAUCUCAACAUACUCCUCCAAAGCUGCGUACCAACGGCGUCACUAGAGCAUCUGAUGGAUUUUCUCCUCGCGUAUUCCGCAUGUGGCUAUACGUGGCUACUUUAGAGUGGGCAUAUUCGCGGGCUGUCUUCGAUUUUGCGCUCCCCUGAAGGCGGUACGCGCUCGAAGAUCAUACGGUCUUUUGUGGCGCCGAACUAUGAACUGCUAACAGAUUUCUCCUUAUUUAUCUCGACUUCAACUUCCCAGCAUUUAAACGCUCAUAAUCCCGCCGUUUACCUCUUGACCACAAGCUCCUCUGAUCUCUUCCUGCAACCUUCGACGUUAACAAAAACGAAAGUCUGGAGCCAUGGCUUCUUCAGAGAUAUCGUACUGGUGGUAUAAGCCAACCAAAGGUGUCUCCAUUGCGUUUGCUGUUCUCUUCUUCAUUUCUGGAGUCCUCCAUGCGUGGCAGAACAAUCUCAAAUACAGAGGCUCGUGGCGCAUUGGCUUUCUCUUCCCAUGGGCGGCAGCACUAUUUGUCGCGGGCCUCGCAACUCGAGAAUAUGGUGCCUAUCAUACCGAUGAUCUCGGCGUAUUUGUUGCCAGUACGGUUUUGUUGUUCAUCGCUCCACCAGUCUACAAUGGCGCAGACUACUUCAUAUUCGGGAGGCUGUUGUACUAUAUCCCCUAUCUGUCUCCUCUUCACCCAGGCCGCGUCUGGACCACAUUCGUCGCAUUGGAUCUUGUCGACGGAAUAAUUGCCGGUAAUGGAGCAUCCUACGCAGCGAAUUCCGACAACAGUGUGUCAAAGAUCAAAAUGGGCAUCGUUCUGGUCAAAGUGUCCCUAUUCCUCCUGCUGGGCAUGUUUCUCGGCUUUGUAUACUUGAUAGUCAUCUUCCACAGACGAUGUGUCGCCGCCAAUGUCUUUACGCAUAAAGUCAAGGUUGUCGUGUACUCGCUCUACGCCUCAGGCUUCCUAAUCCUCAUCCGCAACACCUUUCGCACCGCGUCGUUCUUCUAUCCACCAGAUUCGACUGCCAAUGGAAAAGAAUGGAUCUUUUGGGUACUAGAGGUCGUCCCUAUGCUCUUCAACACCUAUCUCAUGAACGUCUUUCCGCCCUUGAAAUAUCUCCCGCACAACCACAAGAUAUACCUGGCUGUGGAUGGCAAAACAGAGAUCGAAGGACCGGGCAUGGUCGAGAAUAGGCCAUUCAUUCUGACACUGAUUGAUCCGUUCGACCUCGUCGGGCUGGUAACGGGACAGGAUAACAAGAAUAGAUUUUGGGAGCAUGAUGGCAUUGGUGGCCCAGGAGGAUCGGCACGACGUGGAAUGGGAGAUGACAACGAACUAGGAAGGACCAUGAAGGGAGACCACAGCAAAGCACGAGUACAAGAUAGAGAAGUUGCUUGAACAGCUCGCCAGAGGCGUGUCGCGAUAGGGUUAGGCGCGUGAUGGAAGCUUGUUUGGGUUUACAACGAUGCCUUGUAUUUAAAUUAGAGUGAGGGUAUUGCGAUAGAAACGCGUUUUGGAUUUGGACAACAA